UUCAACAUGAACCCUCGCUACAUCCUGUACAUCCAUCUGGUGAUCAACGACAUCAUCCUCCUGACCAUGUUCACCCUCGUUCAAGUCCUGAGUUACAUCGUGUUCACCCUCAACGUCUCCUUCUGCAUUGUCAUGUUGCUUAUUGCCGUUUCUGCGAGCAUCAGUAAUCCUCUGACGCUCGCCGUCAUGGCAUUAGAGUGUUACAUCGCCAUAUGCUUCCCGCUCCGACACACCCAGAUCUGUACGGUCAAGAAAACGUACGCUGUGAUCGGAGUGAUCUGGAUGCUGAGUUCACUCUCCGUCCUCCCAGAUUUAUUUGUCACACUGGCCACAGAAUCCAUGGAAUUCUUUCACUCCAGAGUUUUCUGCCUUCAAAGGAACACUUUCAGACAUCCUUAUCUCAAAGAAAUGAGGGACAUCGUCAACCAGGUGUAUUUGGUCAUUGUUUGGCUCACUCUGAUCUACACAUACUUCAGGAUCCUCGUCACGGCAAAAGCAGCCGCUACAGACGCCAAGAAGGCGAGGAACACCGUCCUCCUCCACGGCUUCCAGCUGCUGCUGUGUAUGCUCACCUAUGUUUACAGUAUAAUCCUGGAAGGUCUGACGUCCUUGUUCCCAAGUGGGUUUCUGGCGAUUCGUUUUGCCGUCUCGAUAUUUGUCCAUGUUCUGCCGCGACUCAUCAGUCCAGUGGUGUACGGGCUGCGAGACAAGACUUUCAGAAAGUACCUGAAGAAUUAUCUGUUCUGUAAAACGAGUUCUGAUACUCACCCAAAAAAUAAAUCUUAAAGAGUUAUGAAGUCGUGUUUUAGCUGCUCCUGCUAGCUGCAUUUUUAAAGUAGAGGAAAGUAGAUGUACUGU